AGCUAGGUCUUAGCCGCUUCGGUCCUCCAGUUCAUUCGUAGCCCAAACAUGGCUCGAGGAGACUGGCGAGGCUUUGCGCUGGAAGAAGCCGAGCUCUUUUCCGGGCGCCUGAAGGAUCUGCUGUCCUCUGGCCAAGCGUAUGUCCGCAGCCACCUGGGCUUGGACCUGGGUCUGGAGCCCGAGCUGUACCCGACCUGGCUCACGCUGACGACGGCCGCCGUCUGCGCUCUGUUCUUGCUGGCAGCCUUCUGGGCCGCCGUCUGCGGCGGGAGGAAGCGCAGCAUCCCGGCGGUCACCCCCAGCGUCGGUGUGCCCCUCACCAAGCGCCUUGUGACCAAAACGGUUAAGCCGGAGGUGAUGAAGAAAAGAAACGUGAAGAAAGCGGCGGAGAAGUUUCAACAGAAGACUCAGUCCAACGGACAGCCUGCUGCCGCUGUGAUAAUGCAACAGGAAGUCAAAGUCCAGAAGCUGUUUGCCAAGCUGCCGCUGCCCAUCAAAACUCGGAAUGCGCCCGACGUGCAACCGCCGGCACAGGUGAAAAAAGACAAGCAGAAAAGCAAUAAGAGUGUAAAAUCGGCACAGUAUGUGGUCACGCAUGACGGGAAAGAACCUGACGAAGGCACGUGGGAGACCAAAGUCAGUAACCGUGAGAAGAAGCAGCAGCGCCAGAAGGAGAAGUGCCCCGAGACCUGCGGUGGCCCGGAAAGGACGCACGUUGCCAAGAGCCACGUGGAGUCCACCAGCAACGUGAAGAAGAAAAACAGAGUAGCUAACGAAUCCCAGCACUCAAGAUCAGCCGCGAAAGGGCCAUCCUGCCAGGGAGGAGACUGCGUCAACAGCGGAGGGCGGAACGACUUUCCCGCCAAGAUCUCGGUAACCCAGGUGGGUUCUGCAGAGACGAGCAAUUGGGGUUCCCACUGCCGCACCCGAGCCGAACCCCGGUCCUGCACCCAGAAGUCACAAGGUGGCGCUCAGACAUGGGUGGCUAACAUGAAAUCGGACGUCAACCCGCUCUCUUUGUCCAUGCUGCGACUGAACGCGGCGGCGGAGCCUCCGUCCAAGUCCAUGGAGCUGCAGUGGACGAGCCACGCUGACGACCAAUGGGGCGGUACAAACCUGAAUAAAUGUGCGUCUGCCGCAGACGGCGUGGACCCCGGCGCCGACUGGAAUGCCCCCGCGGAGCCCUGGGGCCACUACGAGCAGCCCCAGGAGCCGAUGAGGCCGCUGAAGGAGCGGCCCCCCGCCAACAAGGUGAUGGAGAAUGAGAAGGACAACGAGGAUCCACUAGGGGGUGCCGCAAAGUCCAAGAAGAAGAGGAAAAAGAAAAAGAAAAGCGAAGAGGAUGCCCUGUGCCAGGCUCAGGCGGGAAACUUUGCACCCAAACCUGAAGAUCUUCCCGCUGCUGCCUCCAAAAACCCGAGCAUAUCAUCAUCCCAGAAGCAACCCGAGCAGAACGCAGCGGCGGCGGCAAAAAAAGACAAGAAAAAGGUCCCAAGGGAAACCUAGAAGGCACCUGAUGACUCCUUUGCCAACCUUUUUAUGCAAAUGAUUGUGGAAUUCGUCAUGAUGCAAUAAUGAGCAGCUUCUUUGUGGAAUACGUUUUUUAUCUAAUUAUUAUUAAUAAUAAGACGAAGAUGAUCACUUACGCGGCGACGUGAAGUGAUGAAAUGUGGCGAGGAGGGGGUCCUAUGGACUUUAGUCUAAUUUGCACUAUUGUUGAUGCACAGCGGACUUUUUAUGAAUUUUUAUCAUUUAUUGAUAUUUAGGUCCCAUUUUUUUUGCACUUGUUCAGUUACACUUUUAUUGAAUGACUUCCCUGCCGUCCUUGUUUAAAAAAAUGCUAUAGUGAGGGACGGUGUGUUAAGUGGUCAAUUUUAUUUCAUUUGAGAGAUAUUAUACUUCAAACAAAUUUUAUUUAAAAGCCACUAGCGGAAACUGUAACGUGAAUACAAAUUUUUUUUUUCAGAGCCAUCAGGGAGAACUGUAAAUGUUAAAAAAAUAAAACAAUGAAAUGAAAGUUAUCAUAAAAUAAGAGUAAUGUAAACAGAUGUGUAAAAUUCUACAUGUUCAAUUGAAAUGAGAAAACAACAAUUUAAUAUAAAUCAAGAGCCAGUGUGGGGUGCUGUAAUGUAGAAAAAAAUGACUUAAAUGCAAUUUUAAAUUACACCUUAAAAAAUGACAGUAAAGAGCCAGUGUGAUUGAAAAUUAAAAAUGAUUGUGUCACUGGAAUGUGAAAAAAAAACAUGUAAAUUUAAGAUUACAAAAUAUAGCUGAACGUAAUAGCCACUAGGGGACACAGUAAUGUGAAAAAUGAAGUCACAAGGGGACACUGUAAAGAGACCUUUCUAAGUGAAUUUUUACCAUUUACUUUAACAUAAAUAAUAAGUUUGUGUUUAGUGGGAUUAUCCUGCUCCUAAGUUUUAGUUUAAGUUUUACCCUUUUAUGCUUCUAUUACAUAAGCAUUUUAUAACCUUCAAAAGGAUGCUCACUCACCCCUGUUGUAAGGACCUUUUUUUUUUUUCGUUAAUUUUUUGUGAAUGUAAAGCGUAAGCAACUUUAAUUCCAACACGUAAAACAAACAACCGCCGGAAUUUGAUUCCGUUGCCUUAAACUGUCAUUAGUUGUACAUAAAAGUGCAUCGGCGAGCCUUUUUUUUUUCCUGUGGUUUCCAUCCAAUUGUAAAUUUUGAUGUCAACUGACUCUUGCAUGACUUUGAUAAGAAUAAUAGUUAAGACUUGUGAAUCGAAAGCAGUGGCUUUGUCUGUCCAUCCAGUGCGUAUAAUAAAAUUUGUAAUACAAAUUAAAUGACACAGCUGUUUGUAGAUUUAUGGAAAAAAAAGAACACAAAAAAAUGUUACUAGGCAGAUUUGUUGAGGGGGGUGGGGGGGGGUCUCCAUUUUUACUGCUGAUUGAAUCCAUGUAUUUCUAUUACUUGUCUGGGGAAAAAAAUACUUUAUUCAGGUGAUACAAAUGAUGUUUGUAUGCAUAAAACUGUACAAAUAAACUGCUUGAUUUUUU